GAGAUACCCUCCACAAGAAGCUGCUGUCUCCCACUUCAUCUUGCAAUCUACAGUCGAAAAGAAUAAUUCAUACGUAGACUAUCGGAAGUCACAGGGACUGUCUACCUCAAAGUUGAGCGCCGAUUUUUGUCCAUCUUUCACUGCCGCUACUAAAAGAUAGCGAUAUAACAGAGCCACACCCUUACACUUUCCCUCUCGAGCCAACAAAAUUCGUGAGAAAAGAAAUGGCAGAGCCCUUCUCCGUGGCUGCCAGCGGCUUGGCCCUCAUUCACCUCGGCGUGAAGGUUUACCAGCUUUGCGAUGACUACUGCGAUGUAGUCAAGGAGAGCCAACAAGAUUUCAAGAAAUUGGGAGAUGAAAUCAGGAGUAUUGACAAACAGUUGAAGGAAAUACGGAGCCUUGCUACGCAGGGAGAUGAGAACAACCCGCGAUAUCCCGAGCUCCUUGAGUGGACGAAAAACGAAAGUUUGAAAGGCUAUCAGACUACCCUAGAGGAGUUGAAGGACAAGUUAGAUGUCCCGGGAUGGAGGAAAUCCUCCAGGAAAUUACUUUGGCCAGUUCACAAGCCAAAAAUGGAGCGCUACCUAGGCUUGGUUGCGGAGCAGAGAUCAAAGCUUCAAUUGUUGCUAAACACCGCCACAACGUAGGUUACCCAUUCCUCGGUGCCCUGAGAAUCUAACUUCCCCACUUGCUCUUCACUUCUUUUUUUUUUUUUUUUUUUUCCCAGUUGGUAGACUAAUGGGUUUCUUAGGAAGACGGUAACAAAGAUGUCGCGAAAACAAGAUGGUACUUGGUCACAUUAUCCCUAACCCUGCCGAUUAUUUUCUUUACUAAUAUCUGACAUUUCUAAAACCGCAGAGAGUGAAUUUCGGGAAGUACAGAGAUGGCUUAACGUCGUUGAUCCUGCUACCAAUUUUUCAUCUGCACUUGCUGUUCGUGAACCCGGGACGGGGAAUUGGCUUCUGGAGGGACGUGAUUAUAAGUACUGGAGGGAAGGUAGUGGGGGCGUUCUCUGGCUUCAUGGAAUACGUGAGUCUAUGGAUGAGGAAAAUCUUAUGCUCCGAAAAAUCAACUAACAUUUGUGUCUUGUAGCUGGAUGCGGCAAGAGUGUCCUGAGGUGCGAACCUAAUCGCAUGUCCGGAGGUGCAAUAUAACUUCUUUUACUAACUAACACUUCAGUGCUACCGUCAUCGAAGAUAUCCAAAGCCUAUGCAGCAUGAGCGAUGAUCAUGCUUUGGCCUAUUUUUACUUUACUUUCAGUGACUCGCAAAAGCAAAACCUGGCCAAUAUGCUCCUAUCUCUCAUUGGCCAACUACUCCGAGCGCGUUCCGACCUGGUCUUACCCGAUGAGAUUAUGAAAUUGUAUCAUAACUCCAAGGCAAUUGGAACGUCACCCAAUAUAAAAGAUCUGCGAACCGUAUUUUCACGCAUCGCGAAGCUUUCUAAAAAGGCCUUUAUUAUUUUAGAUGCCUUGGACGAAUUCCCCAAGGAGACACGGGGGAGUGUCCUAUCCUGGAUUGGCGAGCUUACGGUGGAUCAUGAUGCGGGAUCGCUGCCCAUUCUCGUCACUAGCCGUCCCGAGGCGGAUAUAGUGGGAUCCUUAGAACCGCUUACCACUUUUGCAAUAUCCCUGCAAUCCGGGAUUAUUGAUGCAGAUAUCCGCGCAUAUAUACAGAACUCUUUAGACGGCAAGGAUGGCUUCAAGAAAUUUACCAAGGAAAUUAGAUGUGAGAUAGAGGACACACUCGUUUCUCGUGCACAAGGAAUGUAUGUUACACUCAAUUUUCCAAUCUUCAACUUAGGCUGAUACAAGGUUUGAUAUGUGAAGGUUCCGAUGGGUAGAUUGCCUUUUACGAAUUCUCCAGGAAUGCAUAACGCCAAAAGCUGUUAGAGGCGCCUUGAAGGAACUGCCGAAAGACUUAGAUUCUGUCUACUUAAGGAUCCUUGACAGCAUUCAUGAGACACAGAGGGAAUACAUUCAGCGUGCGAUGCAUUGGCUCUCGUUUUCGGCUAAACCAUUGACCUUAGGCCAACUUGCGGAGGCAGUUGUGAUCGAAUCCGAUGUCAACAAUUACGGCGAAGAUCCAGAAACUCUUUUUGAGAUACAUUCCCUCAUGAGCAUUUGCCCAAGUCUUAUUUCCUUCGAAGAUGCGAGGGACGAUCAAUCCUCCGCCAAGGAAACCCGGCUAUUACGACUAGCGCAUUUUUCGGUAAAGGAAUAUUUGAUCUCCGACCGGGCAGCUCAGGGCCCCAGUGCCUACUACCAUAUUUCGGAGGAUAAAGCCAAUUUACUGAUGAGCCAUGCUUGCCUCAGUCGGAUAUUGCGAUAUGGUUCUCAAGUUGCUAUAUCCGCAGACAAAAUCCAAGUGACCCCAUUUCUCCGUCAUAGUGCUCGUUAUUGGUUCAUAUAUAUUAAAGCUAUCGAGAAUAUAGCACCCGCACCACUCUCUAACGCUUCUCUCAAAGUCCUGGAGCUGGGCCAAAGUUGGCUAGAUAUACAUAACCCUGAUGACCCUGACUGGAAUAGGCCUCUGGGUUCUAGAGUUUACCCACCAGCAAUCUACUAUUCCUCAUUGUUAAAUUUGGUGGUGCCCUGUAAAUUGCUGGUCGAUAGGAAGGAGGAUGCAGUAAACGUGGAUGCUCAAGGUGGCUGUUAUGGCAAUGCACUACAAGCAGCUACAAUUCGAGGGAAUGAGUCGGUUUUGCAGCUUCUCCUCGAGCGUGGGGCAGAUGUGAAUGCUCAGGGUGGGGAGUAUGGUAAUGCACUACAAGCGGCGGCAUCGGAAGGAAAAGAAUCGGUUGUCCAGUUUCUCCUCGGUCAUGGGGCAGAGGUCAACGCCCCAGGUGGCAUUUUGGGUAACGCACUACAAGCAGCUGCACGCAGCGGGCAGGAAUCGGUUGUGCAGCUUCUCCUAGACCGUGGAGCAGAGGUGAAUGCUCAGGGUGGCCAUUAUGGAAAUGCACUACAAGCAGCUGCACAAAGCGAGAAGGAAUCGGUUGUGCAGCUUCUCCUUGAGCAUGGGGCAGAUGUGAACGCUCAGGGUGGCCGUUAUGGCAAUGCCCUGCAAGCAGCUGAACGGCUGGGGGCCGAUUCGGUUAUACAGCUUCUGUUGAAAUAUGGGGCUGAGAGAAAGAUCUGAAUAUGGCCUGUGCGCUGCAGCACGAGUAGUUUCGGUAGUGACGAGGUUGUCGGUAGUUUAAUUACUUGAAAAGGAUAGUUUG